GUUUUCAAAUAGAUUUCAAAAUCAUGGAAACAGAAAAUCAAUGGUUCAAACAUCUGUGUACCUUUAUUUAUUUUAUUUUUGUUUUAAUUAAAGCUUAUAAGUUUGUUAAAUUCCUAUAUUACCCCUAACUCUCUCUCUCCGUUGGAAAGUCAGCGUCACUGUCUAUCUUAUGAAGAGAGUUUCAGCUGUGGAUGUGUUUUUGGUACUUUCAUUGAUUGGUUGUAGCUUAUGGACAGUUCGCAGCAGUUCAAGCUGCAAACAGAUAAACACAAUGGAAGUUCGCCCACACAGUGUUAGUAUUAUUGAAUUUGGAGCAGUUGGUGAUGGGAUCACUCUUAAUACAAAGGCGUUUCAGAAUGCAAUCUUUUACCUAAAUUCAUAUGCUGACAAAGGUGGAGCCAAGCUUUUUGUUCCUGCUGGUCAGUGGUUAACUGGUAGUUUUGAUCUCAUCAGUCAUUUGACUUUGUGGUUGGACAAGGAUGCAGUAAUUCUUGGAUCAAUGAACUCUGAAGAUUGGCCGGUUGUGGAUCCUCUACCAUCAUAUGGCAGGGGAAGGGAGUUGCCGGGUGGACGGCACAGAAGCCUCAUUUAUGGGAACAAUUUAACUGAUGUCAUCAUAACAGGUAACAAUGGAACUAUAGAUGGUCAAGGGAGUAUCUGGUGGAAUAAAUUUCGUAACAAAACACUGGACCAUACACGCCCUCAUUUAGUCGAGAUGAUGAAUUCAACAGAGGUUCUCAUUUCAAAUUUAACCUUCUUGAAUUCACCAUUUUGGACAAUUCAUCCUGUAUAUUGCAGCCAUGUUAGAGUUCAGAAUGUCACAAUCCUUGCUCCUCCUAGCUCACCAAAUACAGAUGGGAUUGAUCCAGAUUCUUCUGAUGAUGUGUGCAUUGAAGACUGCUAUAUAAGCACCGGAGAUGAUUUGAUUUCCAUCAAAAGUGGAUGGGAUGAAUAUGGAAUUUCAUUUGGUCGACCGAGUACAAACAUUAUCAUCCGCAGGCUCACUGGGAAGACAACGAGUUCUGGGAUUGCUAUCGGAAGUGAGAUGUCCGGAGGUGUUUCAGAAGUUCAUGCAGAAGAUAUUUACAUAUUUGAUUCACAUAGUGCAAUUAGAAUAAAGACUUCUCCCGGAAGGGGAGGUUAUGUUAAAAAUGUAUAUAUCUCCAACAUGACAUUGGUUAAUGUAAGUAUUGCUAUAAGGUUCAGUGGUUUGUAUGGAGAGCAUCCUGAUGACACAUAUGAUCCGGAUGCUCUACCUGUGAUAGAAAGGAUUACUGUCAAGGAUGUGAUAGGGGAAAACAUCAAACGCGCCGGCCUUAUACAAGGUAUUAAUGGUGACAACUUUGUCAAUAUCUGUCUAUCAAACAUCACUGUUAAUGUGAGCUCGAAAAUUCCAUGGAACUGCUCUUACAUUAAAGGAUAUUCUGAGUUGGUUUCUCCGGAAGCUUGUGAGCAACUCAACGAGAGAAUAUCCCCUGAUCAUUUUUCAGACUGUUAUAAGUUACCAGAUCUCAUAAAGAGUUCAAGUAGUCGAAACAGGGCUGCUUGGUUUCCGUCUUGGUAGGUUAUGGAAUAUGGAUUUUAAGACAUUAUGCUACCAAAAGUUCGCUUGUACCUGAAAUUUGAUUAGUGAGUUUUGUUAGCAGAAUAAAGUUUAACUGAUCUACGAAGUUGAAUGGUGUUUCUGAUCUGUUGUUGUCAAAAUGAUAUCAAUAGAUGAUUGUUUAUUGUAACUUUUUGUGCAGUAACAAAUAAGUCAGUGAUUUAUCAGAAAUAUGAAUUGAAUGCUUUCAUGA